AUGCCCACGCUCACUGCACCCACCACUUCCCCUUUCCGCUGCUCCCUCGCCCACCCUGCUUUUCUCCGCCUUUCCCCUCGCUGCCUCACGCCUCCCUGCGUCCCUCUCUCUUUUCCUCACGGCAUGCGCGCACCUGACGGGCGGCGGUAUGACUGCAGCGAGAUCACGAACGCCGUCACCAGGAGACUUGUAUUUUUUCUUCGCACUUCGAUUUCUACCAUCAAUCUCCCCACACAUUCGUCACCUCUCCACGACUCUCACACAUCACCGUACCCACUCUCGACGCGCAACGUCACCAUGGCUGCAGCGACCUCCUCCCUCGGCGCCACUUUCGCCGUGUCAUCCCUCUCAGCGGCCUCUUCGCUCGCAUCCACCGCAUCGAUUUCACAAUCUACGGCUACAGUAUCCGUCGCCGCGCCUAGAUGCGCAUCCCUUGCAGUGCGCUGCGAGCAGCGCGCGCCGGAGACGGCUGACGUGUCUCGGCGCGGGUUCUCGAUGGCGGCUGUGGCGCUUCUGAUUGCGCCGGUCAUGGCGGCGUCGCCGGCGCACGCGUUGCUAGAUGCGGACGAAGACACGGACCUGCUCGAGAGGAUGAAGCGCGAGCGGAAGGAGAAGAUCGAGCUGCGCGAGAGCCGCGGCACGUACAAGGCCGAGGAAGCCGACAUCCAGGCGGCGGUGUACGGGCUAAGCAAGGUGGGCGCGGCGCUGGAGGCGGGUAACAGCAGCGCGGCGGCGGCGGAGCUGUCGGCGGGAUGGGUGGCCAAGGCGGACGCCGCCAUCGCUAAGAUCAGCCGCUCUGACGCCGAGAAGUCCCUAGCGGCGGACUUCCAAUCCGCCAUCGCCGCCCUGCAGACCGCUGCUGGAGGGUCGGAUGUGAAGGGUGCCAAGAAGGCCUUCCUUGCGGCAGCGUCCGCGCUCGAGUCAUGGGCCAAGACAGCCGCACUGGAUGGGGAGCUGCUGGGGCUGUGA